CCCGAAGAAGCAGCUAUGAAGCACCAAGCCAAAAUGCCCGAAGUGGCUCCGCCUGAGCACUGCCCAGAGCUGUACGAUGGAGCCGAACAGCUCCUGGAACAGGCCGCCCAGGGCCACUAUCAGAUCAACCCAGUACGAGAAGAGCGUUUACGACAACGUAUCAAAGAUAAAUUCAAAGUUGGGGCACCACUUUUCGAGAUGCGGCCAACAGAUUUGGAGGAAUUUCUGGCGUUAAAGAUGUCACCAGAACCAAAUAAGUCGUUUGUUUGGGUCAAAAGUGUGCCAAAAUUACGUGAAGACGACCGUAUUCAUCGUAUGAUGGCUCUAUACAAUACAGAUUCAACGCUGACAAGAGUGGCUCUGAAGUCUCACCUAACCCAAGGCUUCAUACCUUCACAAGUGUUUUCGUUGGAUCACUGUGCCUGGCUGCAUCACCACGAGUUCCGUGCCGACGAGUGGAUGUUAUACGAAAACUUCACAACGAUUGCAGGUUUGCCCGACUUCUUGGCCGAAGGUCGGGCAUUCAUCGAAGGACAUUUGUGGACACGAGAGGGUCGUCUAGUGUGCACAACCACUCAAGAAUGUCUGGUACGCUCAAGGGACUCGAAAUCUUCCCUAUAA